ACAGCACAUUUCCAGUUUCGUUCAGUUCGAUUUGAGCAACAGGCAGGUAGAGAUCGCCGUCGUUCUGCCGAGAGUUUCCGCUUUCAGUUUCUGCCGCAACGCGUUGAUUUAAGACGAGUGUGCGAUGCGAGGCUGAGACUUCGGAUGAGGAUGAGCAUCAGUACGGCAGCUGCAAAAGUGCAACAGUAAUACCGUACCACCAGCCACAACAAUAGCAGCAGCAGCCGCAGCAAAAAGCAAACAGCAAACGGGUUUCAUUUGCAGACUGAAAGGCAAACGUCGCGUGUGUGCUUGUAUGUUUUUGUGCGGUUGGGUCGCGUGCAGUUCACAAAAAAUAUGCAAAACCCUCAAUUACUAUAUUAAGCAUAGACCUAAAGACUAUUAAGUAGAUGGAGCUCUGGCCUGGAAGUACUACAGUUCUUCUCUCAGCGGCUAGAUGAAAGCAAAAUCAAUUGUUGGCAAAGGCGGGUCGCCCCGCAACGGAGCGACGGAGAUCAAAUCUUGUACACACUGUGCGCGAUCGUGACUCACAAGUGUCUGUGUAGUGUAUCCAACAGCCGAGUCCGUCUGGCUGCCUGGCUGGCUGUCCGUCUGGCCGCAAUGUUUAUGCAACCAAUUUCCAGAGCCGCAAGAUCUCUUGUUUGCUUUCCCUUAGUUCUGCGUCGGAUUCAAUUUGCGUGUGUUCGGCGAACAACUCAAUUCAUGGAUUGUUUUGUGUACAGUGUAGCCAACAACAAGUUCAAUGAAACCAAGUGACACUUGCAUCUAAUUGGACUUGGUCUCUGUCCGUCCUCCUGUAUUCGUAUGUCUGUACAUGCGUAUGUACGAGUGAAUCAAGAGUCGAAGACUCCAGGCGGCUGAGUCAACGGAGCCCAGCGUCGAAUUCGAGUCCAACGCCAUUUGCUGGUUGCGCCAUAGCCCCCGAUCCGCUAUCUUAUCUCCUCGUAAUCUCCGCGAAGAGAGUUUUGAGUGCUGCAGUUUAUACCCCGCCCCGAACCACUCUGUAACCAGCAGCUGGCCAAGAAACCAAGGCAUCAACAGCGACAUUGACGACCUUGCUCGAAAGCAAGAAAGUGUGCGAAGGGAGGGAAAGAACCAGGUAGAAUCAAAACAGACGAAGCCCAGUCGAUGACUCAAUUAGAAUUCACUUUUACUUUGAUGAUUUAGCAGAUAGCAUAGCCCAUACCCCACUCUCUCCUCGCUCUCCGUUCUGAGAGCGCUGCAGAGAGACAGAGAGAGCACUCAAGCGAGAGAGCAGCGAUAUCUAAUCAAAACAAAUAAUGCCAACGUCCCAUGUCGGAGCUUGAUUCAUUAAUUUAGUUCCAUUUCCCGAAGAAAGCGGUCUGUCGCGCUCGAAACAUUAGUCGUAAUGAGAAUAUAGAAAAGCGAAAUUAAUACGAAAAGUGCCUUUUUAAGAACAGAUCCAUCCUAAAACAGAUUCCGCUCUGAUCCGAGAUUCGAAUACGAUAUAAAAACUGCAGGAAAACCGAAACAAAUACAACGAUGAAGCACAAAUUUCUGCUGCUGCUUCUCACUGUGACAGCGAUGCUCCUAGCAUUCGCGCAAGGCCAGCACGAGGACAUUCCCUACCAGGCGGUGACGAACAUCUGCCAUACAUGCGUGUGCCUGAGCACCCAGGACAGCAAUCAUCGCAUCCACCAGACCCUCAACUGCGACAUGAAGAACUUUGAGCACAUUCUGCCCCGAUGGCCCACCGAGUUUGGCACCCAGUCGACGGGCACGGAGAUUGUGGCCACGUACUCGGGCAACCGCAUCCGACUGCUGCAGCAGCUGCCGGCCACGAAUGCGACCUUGACACUGUCCUGUCGCCACUGCGGCUUGCAGCAGCUGCAGGCGCCGCUCUUCAUGGAUGUGCCCAACGUGGAGGCGCUCUAUCUGAGCUGGAACGAGAUCGCCGAGGACGCGCUGACGCCAGAGCUAUUUCGCGGUCCCUUCAAGACCACCAAGUACGAGCCGAUUGGGCUCAAAGACCUGGAUCUAAGCCACAACCGCAUCGCUCUGCUGUAUCGCAAACUAUUCGAGCACACCCCGCAGCUGAUCAAGCUAAACUUGGCCUACAAUCUACUAAGCGAGCUGGACGAUGCCACUGCCUCAGCCCUGGCCUCGGUGACGACGCUGCAGCGCCUCGAUCUGUCUCACAACGGACUGGCGAGUCUGCCCAGCGAGCUCUUCACCAAGCUAAGCAGCCUCCGCAUUCUGGAUUUGUCUGGCAACGAGUUCACCGUGGUUCCGCCCAGCAUCCAGCAGCUGGGCAAGUCGCUGGUGCAACUGAAUCUGGCGGGAAAUCAGUUCACCGACUUAAAUGCGCAGAGUUUCCAGAAGUUGGAGGCACUGCGUCGGCUCAACAUCAGCGAUCUGCCUGCCUUGAGCACCAUUCACCGGGGCGCUUUGGCUCUGCCGGCACUGGAGCAGCUAGAGUGCUCCAGAAAUCCGAAGCUGGAGCUCCUGGAGCUUAACGAUUUGCUGGUCAGCCGCGGGCUGUCGCAGCUGGAUAUCUCCCACAACGCACUGAGCACGCUCACACUUAACGUGAGCAGCAGUAACAGUAGCGCGGUAGCUUGGCCCCGACUCCGCAGUGUGUCCAUUGCGGGCAAUCCCUGGUACUGCAGCUGCGACCUGCUCCAGGCCCUCGAGUUGGUCGAAGUGCAGCGCGAGCAGUCUGGCGGCGCAGCGGAGGCCCGUUGCGAUACGCCCUAUGUGCUGGCUGGAACUCCGCUCUCUAACCUGACGUCACAGAAGAUCUGUAGUAUGGUUAUCCCGAAGAAGUAUCGCGCCGUGGACGAGGAGCCACCGCGUUUCCUGCGACGCCGCUACAUCGUUCUUACGGCCAUCAUUGCAAGCGUGGUGGUGGUCCUCGGUCUGCUUAUCGGAUUCGUCGUGGUCUGCGUGCGACGCCGUCUCAAGGGCAAUGACUACGGCGUACAGCCGAUCCGCUACACCAGCGUGAGGGGCAGCAACCUGUCCGCCUUCUCGCAGCUGCAGCCCGCUUCGGUGGCCAGCAAGUUCAACAAUGCCGCCAGUGCCGGCACCACAGGUGCAGCCAAUGCCUGAGCCCAGUCCCGGAUAGGAUCAGGAUCAGGUUGAUCGCACCCGCGUUAGCUGCACGAAUUUCGAGCCAAAGAUGUCCACGAAAGUGUUUCUGCCACUUAAGCCCCUACCUAAACCGAAAAGACUUUGUGUGCUAUCGUGCUAUCCUGUACAUAUGUAUGUAGUCCCCCAGUGGAGCUGUUCCCAACUCCCACCACCACCCCUAUAGUUUCUAGUGCUGCCAUUGAUGUAUGUAUUGUACUUAAGUUUCGAAAACUAGCGUUAAAUAAACCAUUUUCAA